AUGAAACAUUUCUAUGAUAUUCAUAAAGAUCCAAUGACUUUUAAGGAAAUUCAAGACACUGAAGUAUUCAUGAACCAAUUCAUUCACUAUUUUGAAUCAUAUUGUGCCAUUUUCAAUGAAAAGGGAGAUCCCAUCGUCUCUCCACUUUCUCCUUCUUCCUCAUUAAGUACAGAACAAGAUUUACGGUUAUGUCCCUCCUCGCACACACUGUUUUUGCUCUCCUAUUGUCCCACCAACACGUUGGAGGUCAACAUGUCGUUGGGAGGUCGAAUUGAAAGACUUUCCAAAAGAAUUUCUCAGACCUCUGCUUUACAGAAUGAACAAAUUCAACACUUUGAAAAACUAAUCAAUAACAAGAACCAAUAA